CAAGGGGUCGUGAGAAGGUGCUGCGCCCCACAAGCAACGGAGAAGUUCGAGGGUAGUAAAGUAGUAACGUAUUCGACACACUGGCCUCAUAUACCGGAUAUAACCCACAUAUUAAGCUGGACAUUCGGUAAAUUGUAAAUAAUAUGGCGCGCCUUCAUCUGCAAUCGAUGACGUCAAAGUCAACGGAAAGGGAUGUCAACGAUUCGAUUUAACAAUUAAAUGGAAUGCCUGCAUCCUUGCAAAGGUUUCAGAUGAAAAUAUGUCAAACGUGAAAUGAAUGAAAUGAAUAUCGUUCGCCGAUAAGAGCGUUAAUUAAAUUGAAACGUAUAUCAUAUGUCAUCGAGUGUUAUGCAAAAUUUGUCGCACAAGUAAAUAUCGUUUGACUCGAACACGAUAUAGCCAAAAGAAUUCUCGAAUUCGUCGCUGUACUAUAUAAAAACCGUACUGCGUCUGAUGAAAUCGAUCGGCAGACGUUUCAGGAAACUUGAAUUUUCAAUCGAUGAAAUUCAAUCUUGUUACAGUAUACAGCUGUCUAAAACAAAACAAAGAUAACAGAGGAGAACAAAGAGGAACGAAAAGAAACGGCGCUAACGAAAGUACGUGACGAGGAAAUGUCGCGAUGAGAUACGACGAUAGGACCUAAGCGUCGGAACUUAGGUCGUGAGGAGGGGAACACGGCUAAGAAAUAAGAAACGAAAUGUAUCGGCCAGCGGACGUUCCUAAUUGAAAAAUAGAGGCAUCGAAGGCGAAAAGCAGCAGGUUGAUGUUAAGUGGGGAGAUAUUAAAAUGGGUCAAGAGUAUCUCCAUGAUGACAGUGUACUUACGUUGUUCGACUUCACGCUCGAUGCCUUCGUGAAGAGAUUCUCCUGCGAACUCGUCGCGAGGAUCAUCGAGUCCGCGAUAUAAUAUAACACCUUCAUCGUUUCCUCCAAUGUCAUUGACAACGAGCUUCAAACUGGUUCCAAUGUAAAUUACUAAUCUUGACCGCGUAAUAUUUCGCGAUAAAUUUCAAAACGAGCAAAUUUGCCGCGGAAAUAUAAUAAUUUAUUAAGAGAUAGAAAAGAGAAAUGAGAUUGUUAAUGGAAUUAUUAUCUUGUCGUGUCAACGAUAAGUAACUAACGUAUCACUUAAGUUGUGUGUACGUUACUUGAAUUGUUGUUAGUUUAUGUAGAAACUUUAAAUCGCGCAAUGCGAUACGUUACGGGCAACGGCUGUCGACAUAAUCAUUUUGUGUUUAAAAAUCGUUGAAGGGGAGAAAGGAAUAUUUUUCUGCGAAAUUUAAGAAGAUUAUUUUCGUGGUGUACGAAUCGCGUAAAAUUACGGAGUCUGUGUCCACCACGGAGGCGACUUGGCUGUACAACAUUACUACCCAAGGGACUUGAAACUUGUGGUAAGAGAAAGAAACGAAGAUUGUUUCAAAGGAUACUACUACGUACAUAUAUUUAUGAUACAUGUAUCUGUUAUGCAAGAAAAUCAAUUUAUUAAAUAUAACAUAUCGCAAAUCGAAACGAUGCGUUUCGAGUUGAAUAAUUGAACGAAAACAUCAUGAAAUAUAUUUGCAUUUUGCUAAUGAAGAAACCGCAGUUCCGAAGUUUAGCUACGACAAUUACCAGAUUACCACUUUCUCUGUAUCAGAAAACGUACGUAAUAUUCCGACACUUUCCAAGUAAUCUAUGAACCUAGGUACGAUUGGAAUUACUGACCCACUAUCGUCGCCUGUAAUAUGUCAAGAUUACCGCACUCUUCUCACUUUCACCUUACUUUACUUCCCGACAGAUAACGAAACAUAUUCCGUUAGCGUAAAGCGUAAGAGAGAGCGUUCCAACGUUCCAAGUUGUUUCUCGCGCGUGUUAUAAUCGAUGCGCUUCAGGUAGCUUCAUUACCAUUACCAUUACCGUACAGUACGAUCAUUUCUCUGUUCAUCGAACUCCGUGACAACGAUGUAUAACAGUUAAUAUGUAAAAUGUAUCCACGUAAAAAUAAUUUAUACCGUUAAUUGAUAGAAUAAGAGAAGGCAAACGAAAGGAAAAGAUCAAUUUUGAUGGAAUCAACGUGGGUCAAUGUGGGUAUGCUAAAAACAUUGCAGCAGCGAUGGAAAACGUACAAUUAAUUUUUCAAAUAAUGUAAUAAAAUGUUCGGUAAACGGCGAUCAAAUUUUCCUUGCAUUAAAAUUCAUCGCACAAAAUUGGAUUAUUGCCAAGAACAGAUGCGUUAGUAUCGCUAUUUACUCCGCAUUGCGGAUUGAAAUACAUUUAUCGCGCGAAAGGGAAAAUGUUUGCGAUUAAUGUCCGAUUGUUCCUGCGAAACGUGUCCAAUAGGCUGAAGCGGAGCUCGCCGCGAGAGAAUAAUACCUGAACUUGGAUUUCUUUUAUAUAACAUGUUAGCGCAUAAAAUAACUAAAUACAGAGAAUACAACAGGGUAAAGUAUCUAAAUAUAGGAUAAAAUAAGGAAGUAAAGAAGUUGAUUCAAACUAUUGUGGUUCAUUUAUGUAUGAGCCAAUGAUACUAACUAAUCUAUGAUAUUUAGGAAAGAAAUGACGAUUACAGGGGAGAUGAGCAACAGCGCUGGGUUAGGAUUCGGCAUCGGUCUCGGCGGCGGCGGCGAAGGUCCAGUCCUCACAGCCGCUCAACAACGCCAAGGGGUAGUCACGUUUUUGGUGAUGCUAGCUGUGCUCUGCUUUAUAUUCGCUUAUUGCUGUUGGGGCGCACCGUUCUGCAGAUCAUUGUGCAGACGACAUUGUUGCUGCCAACUCGAAGAUCCAGAGCCGGAUUCACGAUUUAGCAAUAACGAUCAAACUAUGGUAGCAACACCAACGAUUAUUCUCUUGCCACACGGUAGGAUGCUCGUUGUGGAUGGUACGAUCUUCACGCAGUUUCAAACCGAUCCAACUGGUUUAGAUUUGGUGGAACUAGGUGAUAGCGUACUACGUGCUCAAAGAAAUCCACGAGGCAUAAUUCGACAUCAGCUACAAAACAGCCAAGGUAGUAUACUCGAGAUGGAUGCAGAAACGUCAAGCAAAGAUAGCUUAGGAUCCGUUGGGUGUUUUCCACCACCAACUUACGAGAGUAUCUAUGGUAAAGAAGAGUCGGAUAUGCCGCCAUCGUAUUCCGAUAUCUUACUACACAGGUUUGCCAAUCUUCCUCACGAGAUAGAUAUGCACGGUUAUUGUCACGAUGGCAAAGAAGAAAUUGAAAUGCAAAGUUUAGAUGGUUGUCCGCAUAUACUAAGCAAUCCGAUGAAUACAAUAGCAUACCCUUAUGCGACCGUAACGAAUUUCUCGAGCCAAAGCUUCCCACGAAGGACCGUCUCGAGAAAUCCAUCCAUCAUUAGCAAUCCACUUGAUAGCUAUUACGUCGAUAACGAAUUAGAAUUAUACCGGUUGAGUCAGGAGAUGGUACCACGAGUAUUUAGUAAUGCGAACUUUGAGACUCUUAGAACUUAUCAAGACGAAACCUCGUUUUAUAACGUGAACGGAAACGUAAGCGAACGACAAAGCGACACGUUGUCGAAUAAUGGAAAUUAUUGCUUGUCCGAUAAUAACAUUCGAAACAACGAAAGAGUGAUCCCAAAUAAUACCGAUCAAGUAUCGAGGAAUGUAACGUCGGCAAAUGAGUUAAUGAAUACAAGAAAUCUUGUUCGAAGCAUGUCGAGAACUAGCGAAGAAAGUAGAAAUAACAUAGAAAAUUCACAGAGAGAUAACCAAGAGACUGGAGUAGUUUUCGUCCGGAUAUCACGUUCCGACGAUUGCAACAAUAGCCACACUUCGCAAAACUGGUAUAACGACGCAACUGAAAGCGAUAGGUCGAGAGCACAAGCGAAUGAGGAAGAUCAAUCUAGUCUAAGAAAUAUACAUCCCGAAAAUGGCCAGACGGAUGAAACCAAUCACAAUAUGGAAUCUAAUCCGAUAGGAUAUUAUAUAAGAAAUCAAAGCACUGACGAGGCUGUCGGCAGGUCGCACAGGCUAGAAAGCGAGGCUGUUUAUUCUGAUGAAGAGACUAGAAAUUUUGGAGCACUGGCAGACAUUCGCGAAAGUCGGGUAUAACGUGAGAUAUAACACUGAAAAUAUACGAUAACAAUCGAUAGGAGGUAGAAAACUCUCUGACCAAAGGUGCAUAUGUCGAUAAUUACAUUCUGUAAAAAGCUUAUAAUAAAAGUGAAAACAUAUUCUAUUAA